AUGGAGGCCGGAAAGGAGAAGGUGAAGCAGCUUGUGGAGGAGAAGCUCGUCAAGGAGCGGGGGAUCAACCCCGUGACCAUCGUGCGGAACUACGAGCCGUGGCUGUUCGGCCUCUUCACGCCGCAUCCCCGCUACCCCCCGCAGAAGCUCACGCUCGACUCGCUGCUGGUGCACGGCAUCCCCAGGUUGGCCCUCCUGACCAUCCUGGCGGUUUGCAGUGUGGUCGGGAUGGUACUGGUUCUGUACUGGAUCGGCCUGUGGUGGUUGCUAACGUUUGUCUCUAUACCUCUGGGAUAUGCUGGCUACCUUAAGGCAAAACGUGCAACGGUUGCCACCACUGAAGAGCGCAAGAAGGUGGCCGACGUCGACCUCAAAUGGUUUGAGAACUGCAAGGAGUGCUUCAGCCCAGAUUCGAUGGCAGUGCAGCUUUCGCGGCAAAAGUUGGUGAAGGAAGCUUUGGCCAACGUUAGGCCGCAGGAGUCCGCGAAUUUCAAUAGCUACGUCGGUGGUGCAACCUCUUUGGCCGUGUACGGGUGUGGCAUUCUCGCUGCUGGCCACGUUGGUGGGCUCAGGGCCCUGGAGCAGCAUGGUCUGGCCCAACGGGGCCUUCGGAUUGUACGUAAUUAG